UAAGCAGGAGACGGGGAUAGAGAGGGUGGGAGCUGGAGGUGUACACAAAUCUAAAACAUGAAUCAUUGAGACCGGCGUUAAAGGCAAGACUUCGGGAGAACUUUCGGCUGGGCCAGCGAUGUCGGGGCUGAAGCGCCCUGCUGACCCCCUGACCUCCGGGCCCCCCGAGAAGCGGCGGGAGCGAGAGAGGGAGGGGGAGAGGGAGGCGGAGGACGGGGGAGCUGCGGGCGGCAGCACCGCUGUGGAGACGGUCAUCAAGCUGGGGGGAGUGUCCAACACUGAGGAGCAGGAUAUCCGAGCUCUCCAGGUUAAGAACAGGAAGCUGGGAGAGGCUCUUGACCAGAGGCAGGUGAUUGAGGAUGAGCUGCGAGAUCGAGCUGAGAGGCUGGAGAGACGGCAAGCAACUGAUGAUGCCAGUCUGCUCAUCCUGAACCGCUACUGGAACCAGUUCGACGAGAACGUGCGCCUGAUUGGCCGGCGCUACGACCUGCAGGCGGAGCUCGGGGACCUGCUGCCGCCCUCGGAGGGGCGGAGCCUGAAGCCGGAGACUCCUGAGUCGGAUGGGGACAGUAACCAGGAGCGAGGGCGAGACUGCAAGAGCCAGGGGGAGGCGGCGCUCUCGUUCCUGGCCACGCUGGCCAGCAGCAGCAGCGAGGAGAUGGAGGCGGAGCUGCAGGAGCGCGUGGAGUCCAGCCGGGGGCUGACCAGCCGCCUGGUGGAGGCGUACGACGCGCUGUGGGCCACCGUGCGCCAGCUGGAGAGAGAGCUCAGCCAAGGUGGGUUGGCCGUCCGCUGCGGGGUCCUGUCAAAGUCUGCUGGGCUGCGCAGCCCCGGGGAUCCAGGAAAGCUCGGGUUCCGGAGGAAACUCACUCCACUCUCUCUCUCUCAGUCCCAGAGUCUGAGCAGUGCAGUUCAGUGUGCGGAGAGCCGGGUCAGUGAGCUCCAGGUCCGGAUUGAGGAGCUGCAGUGGGACAUGGAGAAGAUCCGCCGGCGGGAGAACAGGCUGAACGCUCACCUGGGGGAGGUGCUGGAGAGGGUGAACAGUAAGGGCUAUAAGGUGUGUGGAGAGGCCAGCAGUGUGUGUGGGACCAUCACCAUCAACAAAAGGAAGUUCGAGGAGAUGAACAGUGAGCUGGAGGAGAACCGAGAGCUGGCGGAGAAUCGUCUCAGCGAGCUGCAGAGGCUGACUCAGGACCUGCAGCAGAUCAGCCAGGAGAACAACAGCAUGAGGGUGAGGCUCUGCAGGGCGGCCCGUGCUGUGAAGGGCAGCUCCCUCCUCCAAUCACAGUCCAGCACGGAGUUAGAUGUGAAGGAAGAGACCGCCUCCCCCCUCACGCCCUCUACCUCUAGUGACAUCACGGUGAAGGCGGAGCCAGAGCCCAGCCCGGCCACGCCCACAUCCACAGGUCCUGUGAUGAAGGCCGAGCCGGGGGCGGACAGUGAGGGAGGCUCCAGGGAGGAGGAGAAGGACAGGGACAGGGAGAAGGCGGCGAUGUCCCGGGCAGGGGGCGGGGCUGUGAAGGAGGAGCGCGAGAGGGCAGGCUCCAGCAGCCAAUCGGAGGACACGGGGCCUGAGCGCUGCGCCGUGAUUGGAGGAGUCAAGAGGAAGGAGGUGGAGCAGCUGAAGAUCGUGAGGGCGGAGCUGAAGAAGGCGCAGGAAUCCCAAAGGGAGAUGAAGCUGCUGCUGGACAUGUACCGCUCUGCCCCCAAAGAGCAGAGAGAUAAGGUGCAGCUCAUGGCUGCAGAGCGCAAGGCCAAGUCAGAGGCGGAGGAGCUGCGUCAGCGCCUGCGGGAGCUGGAGGAGAGGGAGAGGAGGGAGGGGAAGAAGAUGGCGGACGAGGAGGCCCUGAGGAAGAUCCGAUCUGUGGAGGAGCAGAUUGAUACCUUGAACAAGAAACUCUCCCUGGCGAAGCAGGAGGAGGAGGCUCUCCUCAGUGAGAUGGAUGUGACAGGCCAGGCCUUCGAAGACAUGCAGGAGCAGAACAUCAGGCUGAUGCAGCAGCUGAGGGAGAAGGACGAUGCCAACUUCAAGCUGAUGAGCGAGAGGAUCAAGUCCAACCAGAUCCACAAGCUGCUGAAGGAGGAGAAGGAGGAGCUGGCAGACCAGUUACUGACCCUCAAGACUCAGGUGGACGCCCAGCUGCAGGUGGUGAGGAAGCUGGAGGAGAAGGAGCGCCUCCUGCAGGGCACCAUCAGCACGGCGGAGAGGGAGCUGGCGCUCAGGACGCAGGCGCUGGAGAUGAACAAGCGCAAGGCGGUGGAGUCCGUGCAGCUGUCCGAGGAGCUCAGGUCUCAAAUGGAGAGCGUCCAGUCCAGACUCAGUGCCGUGAGGGAGGAGGUCAUCGAGAACAGCAUCUCCCGGGAGAAGGAGUCCUUCAACGCCAGGAGAGCCCAGGAGGACAUUUCCAAGCUGAGGCGGAAGCUGGAGAAAGCCAAGAAGCCCGAGAACAUUCCAAACUGUGACGAGAUCCUUAACGAGGAAAUUAACGAUUACAAGGUCUGACCUGUCUACCUCUCUUCCUUCUUUCUUCUUGCUCUGUCAAACUCAUUUUAAUGUCCUGUAGUGUCCAGUCAGUGUGUCUGGACUGUAUUAACCCCUCU